GUUCGUAUCGUGGAUGGUGUUGUGAAAUUCUGGUAGCCAUACGGCAGACGGGACCUCGGUAGGAGGGUUUGGAUCCCCCGAUGUUCCACACGUGCAGAUGCCAGCAUUCGAACUUGUGUUCUUAGCCCUCAUAAUCCAGAGGGGCGUACACAGCAAAUCUAUCCACUCUAUCGCGGGCCCGUACAUAAUCUACUUCGAUCGCUUAUACGCCUGUGAACCAAUAGAUCCCACGCUUCCGUGGAGACACCAUUUUCGUCUUACUCGCUACAACCCAUAUAAACCAUCAGAAGCACAACUACUGACUGGUAACCUGACGGGUGAGCUACCUAUUGAUGACAGUUGCUGGGGGAAAAUGAAUGUAGCUCUUUGGGCAAAUAAUCAAUGGAAGGAUAACGCUUUUGUCGUUGGUUUUAAAGACACAGUAUGCUCAAGAUAUAAAGAAAAUGCACCGUCGCUUUGGGAGCUAUUUUUCAAGGGUACAGAAGAAAAGGGCAAAGUCGGUUGCUUAAUCAAACCUGGAUUUUACGAAUAUAAGAACGUCCCAGCAAGAGUGGUUUUCCCAAAUGUUCCAGUAGGACCAUAUGGACGAUAUAAGAUGAGUGUGUGGGUUGGCAAGGCUGAUAAAAUGUACUACUGCUUUGUAGGAGAAUUCAGGUUAGUUCCUAAACUUGACUAAAACUACAAUGCUUCAUUACGGUAAUUGUAUCGCUGUUUCACAGAAUCUGAACAUCUCUUGCGUAGGGUCCAUGAAUAAUUUGAAAAAAUAAAUGAUAUCUUUGCGUUAUGAAUAACAA